AUGACAUUUUUUAUUAGAAAAACUUUUUUAAAUAUAUUAUUUAUUUUUCUAUUGAAUAUUUAUGUUUUAGAAAAAUUAACAUAUAGAAACAUAAUAAGAUGUUCAAGAAUACUAAAUGGAAAAAUAUUUAAAAAAAGUGAAUAUUUCAAUUGUAAACACCAAUGUGAUAUAAAUAAUUCAUUAAAGCAUUAUCACCUCUUUAUUAAUAACUGGAAAAGAAAAAAAAAUAAAAAAAUAUAUAAGUUUAGAAAGCAUAAAUUCUGCUCCAUUUUUUCUAUUUUUAAGAAAAAAAAAAAUGAGAAUGAAAAAGAAGGCAACUACAUGAUAGAAAGUGAAAACAAAGGCAUUGAUACUAAAAAUGUAAAUAGUGAUAAAAAUAUAACAAACAAUAAUGAAAAAAAAAAUAAUUUAGUUCACGAUUUAGAUAAAAAUAAAAAUGAUACACAAAAUAGUAAGUUAUUAGGGAAAAAAGAAGAGAUGAACGAAAAAAACAAAAAAUUUUUUAAUAAUCUUAAUGAUGAAAUUAAUAAAAAUGUUACUAACAACGAUCAUAUUUUUAAAGAAGAUGUAAAGAGCUAUAAUGAAAAAAUGAAGAUGAACUUUAAAGAUAUUGAUAUAAAAGCAAAUAAAAUUCUCAAAAACUUAAAUAAUUAUAAGAAACAUUUAGAAAUUUUAAAUGAAAAAGCAUUAAUUUCACUUAAUAAAAUUUUUUGUUCCUAUAAUAAAUACUUAAAUCAAAAUGAUGAUUUUAAAUAUUUCUUUGAAAAUAUAUUUAAAAAUUUGGAAAUAAAUUAUUAUAAAUAUUCACUGCUAGAAGAUAUAGAAAAAUUAAAUAAUGAGAAAACAAGUAAAGAAUAUAUAUUAAAUAAUUUGAACCAUUUUAUUGAAGUUAUUAAUAUUGCUGAAGAACAUUUAUUUAAUAUUUUAGUUUUUAAAAUUCAAUUUUUAAAAAUAAAAGCUAUAAAUGAAAUAAAAGAUAUUAUCUCUAAUAAAAAAUAUAAUACAGAUUACAGUAUGUAUUACAAUAGCAUUAAUCAUAUUGUAGAAAAAUAUGAAGAACAAUUAAAAAAUUUAUACCCAAAAAAUUAUGAAUUUUCUUUAUAUAGUAAUAUUUUGGGAAAUUAUGCUUUAUCAUUGGAAUCAAGCUACAAAUUACCAAUAAAUAAGUAUGAAGAAUACAUAGACACAAAUAUAGAAUAUAUAAAAAAAAUUUCUCAAGAUUUAACAAAAAAAAAGAAAAGAAAUUUAUAUAAAGAAAUGGAAAGAAAUAAGAAUUAUCAAAGUAUAUUGCAAAUAAUUGAUAAUCAACAGAAACAAAUUGAAGUUUUACAAGAACAGUUAGAAUCAUCAAUAGAAGGAGCAAAUGGAAAGUAUAAUCCUUUUCAUUGUGCGGUUGCUUAUAGAAUACCUGACACUAAUCUAAAUAUAUCUACACAAUAUCUAAAAGGGAAAUUUAAUAUAAAAUUAAAUUGUAUUCCUGAUGAUUCGCAACAUUUGUUAGGAUCAUAUGGCUUUGUUAAAUCACUACCAUUUGGUAACCUUGGCUUGUCUUUUUCUUUAAAUUUUUAG